UUCGAAAUGGACGGAAAAGCGACCGAAAAAUUCAUAUUGCAUUGGUUGUACCGUUUCGGGAUGGUGAUGGGAUUGUUUCCAUGCGCUCUGGAACGAAAGAAAAUAAUUUUGCAAAUUGGUACCCUAUCGGUUAUAUAUUUGCUAGUGAUGGCCGGGUGUGUUUACUUAUCAUUGUAUGUAAGAUUAAGGUUUCUUGUUGUACAAAUACUAGGAAUAGUCGGUGUGUACCUGUCUUUAAUUCUAAUAAUUUCUAAUUUUGUUGAAUUAUGGACGAAGCGAAAAAAUUGGAGAUUUUUCUACGACAUCAUAUUUUCUACAGAUUCUACAUACAAUUCUAGGUGUAAUAAUAAAUACAGUACAAGGAUUUAUCCACUGGCGUCGUUAACUCUCCUAAUUUUGAUGGCGUUUGGAAAUUUGAGAUUAUGGAUAAAGUCAAUGUUAUGCUUAAUUGCAAUGUUUCUCGAUACAAUGUUAAUGGAUAUACAAUUAUACAUCAUGGCGUGCUUUCUACUAGAGGUUUCGUUUAUGGUGAAAAGAAGAACAGACGUAAUCUGCGAUUACCUUGAAUUGUUGUCUAGAAAAAGCCAAAUUUCCUACACCACAACGAAGUACAAACUCAACAUUUUGAAAGCCAUUUUUAAAGAAAUCUUAAAUUUUAACAAACAUUUAAAUAGCAUUUUCGGAAGAAAGCUUGCGUUGUUUUUGAUCCUGUGCUUUGUCCGGUUCGUUGCCUGUGUGAAUUUCUUUCUUGACAUGUCGGGUGCUCCUUUAUCCAUACGAUUGCAAAUAUUGGCCGGAUUAUUAUAUUUUGGGGUUUUGACUAUAAUCAUAGCAAUAGCAGGUGACAUCAUCGAAAGCUCCGGCUAUAAAAUGAUCAAAUUAUUGAACAUCCUCCAGCUGAGUAUCCAAGAUGAUUUUCUGAAGCAGCAACUCAGUGAAUUUGCCGCUUUGGUCACGGAACUCCGGCCUUCUUUAUCCGUUGCAGGAUUUUUCGCCGUCAACAGAAAACUAUUGCCUAUGCUACUAUCCAGUUUCAGCGCUUAUAUCAUCAUUUUGAUUCAAUUGAAGCAGUAAUUCCACCUAUUUUAUUUACCUUUAUUACCAAGAAAUGUUGUAGUAUUUUCUGUAGAAGUAUUUUUAAUUAAACGCACUAAAUUUCCGUUUUUU